CCGGGGCACAUCGCCCUGGCCUAGUCUCCAACAAGCAGAAGUCGGCUCUUUCCCUAUUGCUUGAACUAGAUUCAACAUGUCCCGCCAGUUUGCCACCGCUAUCCUCUCGAACGGCGUUCGCCUCGCCAGCACCCCGGCCCUCGGCUCCGCCCAGACCCUGUCUCUGGCUGUUCGUGCUGGCUCCGUUCACGAGACCGUUGCCAACCGUGGUGCCUCUCACCUGCUGUCGAUGUUCGGCUUCCAGUCCACCGAGAACCGCUCUCCGGUCAACAUCAUCCGUGAGUCCGAGCUCCAGGGUGUUGCCCUGCGCCGCUUCCGCGACCGCGACCUCCUCAUCUGGAGCGCCGAUUUCCUCCCCUCCCAGCUCGACUACGCCGCUGGUCUUCUGGCUGAUGUUGCUCACAACACCCGCUUCGAGGAUUACGAGGUUCGCGACCUGACCGUCGCUGCUGGCAAGCAGACCGCCGAGUGCCUGGCCAACCCCUCCGCCUUUGCCAUGGAUCUCCUCCACAACAUGGCCUUCCGCUCUGGCUAUGGCAACUCCCUGUUCGCCGACCAGGCCGCUCUCUCGGCCCAGCCGCUCACCGCCGUCAAGGACUUCUUCAAGCAGCGCAUGACCAGCGACAACGUUUCUCUCAUCGGCUACGGCAUCGACAUUGUUGAUCUCGAGUUCGCCCUCACCAACACCUUCAAGGCCCUGCCCACUGGUGCCGAGGACGCCACUGCCAAGGCUGCUGCCAAGUACUUCGGCGGUGAGUCGUACAUCCCCAACCUCCACAUCGAGGAGAACGUCAUGGCCAUCGCCUUCGAGGGCGUUCCCCUGAACGAUGCUCGUGCCUCUGCUUCCAUUGUCCUGGAGAAGCUCCUGUCCACCAACUCCCCUGUCAAGUAUGGUGCCAGCGGCAUUGCCCCGUACACCGGCAAGCUUGUCGCCACCGAGCCGGCCUCCUCCCUGAUCCCCUUCAGCCUGAGCUACGCCGCCACCGGUCUCAACGGUGUCCUGCUCAAGGCCCCCUCCGCCGCCAUUGGUGGCCUUGCCACUGACGUGGUCACCCACCUGAAGUCCCUCACUGGCACCGUUGAUGCUGCCAAGCUGACCGCCGCCAAGAACGCCGCCAAGAUGGAGCUCCUCACCACCGCCGAGUCUCGCACCGGCGCCACCCACCAUGCUGCUCAGCACCUGCUCCUCGGCUCGGCCACCACUCUGGCCAGCAUCGACGCCGUCUCGGCCGCCGACAUCCAGAAGCUCGUCACUGGCAUGCUCAAGUCCAAGCCGACCGUCGCCUUCGUUGGUGACAUCUCUGCCGCCCCCCAGAUCAACCUCAACUAAGUGUUGUUCUUUGUCGCGUCGACCUCCCCCUCCUCUCUCCCCCUCUCCACAUGCCAGAUCCCCGUCUAUACCUCCCCCCUUCCCCCUCUCCUCUGUGGGCGGGCAGGACUUGGAGGGCGCAUUUGUCUCGCCCUCCUUCCUCUUGUCAUUUCCCCCUCCCCCCCUCCAAAAGCUCAAAUCCACCCCUCUUGUCUCCCUCCUCCCUCCCGGGCCCCUUAUACAGUUGCCGGGGGGGCGGGAGCAUGGCACGUGUGUGUCCUCGUGCGCCGCGCACAAUGCAUUAUAAAGUAUACUUCCCGUUCUCC